AUGCUCCUCUGGUACUUCGCAUGGUUUGGUUGCCUUGCUGGAUCUGCUCUUGCUGCGAGUCCGGUGGAAUGGCGUUCCCAGUCUAUUUACUUUAUGCUCACGGAUCGGUUUGCGAGGACCGAUAACUCGACUACCGCUCAAUGUGAUACCAGUGCUCGACUGGAUUAUAUCCAAGGAAUGGGCUUUACUGCCAUCUGGAUCACUCCAGUCACGGGCCAACUCCCACAGGAUACUGGUGAUGGAGAGGCGUAUCAUGGCUAUUGGCAGCAGGAUAUAGAUGAUAGCUACUCUUUGAAUCAUCACUACGGUACAGAGCACGAUCUCAAGGCUCUCGCCAAAGCCCUGCAUGAUCGUGGGAUGUAUCUCAUGGUCGAUGUAGUUGCAAACCACAUGGGCUAUGACGGUUCCGGCAAAAAUGUCGACUACAAAGUCUUUGAGCCGUUUAACUCGAAGAAGUACUUUCAUCCUUAUUGCGAAGUCAGCAACUACAAUAACCAGACCAACGUCCAAGACUGCUGGCUUGGCGACACAACUGUGUCUCUGCCAGACCUUGAUACAACUUUAAGCAGUGUUAAAAGGGCGUGGUACAGCUGGGUUCACUCUCUGCAAGUGGAUGGUCUUCGCAUCGAUACGGUCAAGCAUGUCCAAAAGAAUUUUUGGCCGGACUACAGCAAGGCCGCCGGGGUAUACUGUAUCGGCGAAGUCUUCGAUGGGGAUGUGGAUUACACUUGCCCAUACCAGGAAGCGACAAACGGUAGUAUCAGCGAUCUAUAUGACAUGAUCAACACAGUUAAAUCGACCUGCGAUGAUUCGACUCUACUGGGUACAUUUGUUGAGAAUCAUGAUAAUCCACGAUUUGCAUCGUACACGGACGAUAUGUCCCUAGCUAAAAAUGCUGCGGCUUUUACUAUCAUGGCAGAUGGAAUACCAAUCAUCUACGCAGGCCAGGAACAGCACUACAAUGGCGGCGCCGAUCCGGGAAACCGCGAAGCUGUCUGGUCGUCGGGUUACAACACCAACGCCGAGUUGUACAAGCUCAUUGCAACCACCAACUCGAUUCGCUCGUAUGCGAUUAGCAAAGGCAGCAACUAUGUCACCUACAAGAAUUACCCAAUCUACCAAGAUGAUACCACGCUUGCCAUGCGCAAAGGAUUUAAUGGCACGCAGACUAUCACUGUUCUCUCAAAUCUUGGGGAGAAAGGGAGCCCAUACACACUUUCGCUUCCAGAUACAGGAUUCAAGGUAGAUACAGAGGUCACUGAGAUCUAUAGCUGCGCCACUACAACUGUCGACCAUAGUGGCAAUGUGCAUGUGCAAAUGAUCAAUGGUGAGCCAAGGAUUUUGUAUCCACGUGCUGCACUCGAGGGAUCAACUAUCUGCUCGUAA